CAUUCAUUCAUCUCGGAUAUGUCGACGUUGCAAAGCUCAUUGCUCAUGUGUCCACUAGCGAGGCCAUGGACAAGAAGAGGGAAUAAUAGAGGUCUCCAACAAGUACUCACAAACAUCACCUACUGGAGAUGCAGUAGCGCCGGCGAUGGAGGAAGAUUCAUGGCAGAAAUAGCAGGACUCGGUAAGGGAAGCACGGGAACUGGCCGGAGAGCCGCCGUUGCGGCUAAGCACGAGGAGGAGGGCACCGACGAUGAGUGGCUCAUGUACUUGAAGCCGGCGAAGCUGGAGGUGUUCCAUCAUCUCGAGCCUUGGGCGGAGGCAAACGUGGUGCCGCUCCUUAAGCCCGCGGAGGUGGCGUGGCAGCCGACGGACUUGCUGCCGGACCUGGCGUCGCUGGGCGCCGACGGCUUCCACGCGGCCUGCUCCGACAUCACCGCGCGCGCGGCCGGCCUGCCCGACGCGCACCUCGUGUGCCUCGUGGGGAACAUGGUGACGGAGGAGGCGCUGCCGACGUACCAGAGCAUACCCAACCGCUUCGAGGGAGUGCGCGACCUCACCGGCUCCAGCGGCACCGCCUGGGCGCGGUGGAUCCGCGGCUGGUCCGCCGAGGAGAACCGCCACGGCGACGUGCUCAACAGGUACCUCUUCCUCUCCGGCCGCGUCGACAUGCGGCAGGUCGAGAGGACCAUCCACAACCUCAUCAACUCCGGCAUGGUCAUGAACGCGGCACGGAGCCCCUACCACGGCUUCAUCUACGUCGCCUUCCAGGAGCGCGCCACCUCCAUCUCCCACGGCAACACGGCGCGCCGCGCCAAGGAGCACGGCGACAUGGCGCUCGCCCGCAUAUGCGGCGCCAUCGCCGCCGACGAGAAGCGGCACGAGCUGGCCUACACGCGCAUCGUGGGGAAGCUGUUCAAGAUCGACCCCGACGGCGCCGUGCGCGCGCUCGCCUACAUGAUGCGGCUGCGCAUCGUCAUGCCGGCGUCCCUCGUGACCGACGGCCGCGACGACGACCUGUUCGCGCACUACGCAGCCGUGGCGCAGCAGGCCGGCAUUUACACGGCCUCCGACUACCGUAGCGUUCUGGAGCACCUGAUAAAGCAGUGGGGAGUGGAGGAGCUGGUGGCCGGCGAGCUCUCCGACGAGGGGAGGCGUGCGCGGGACUAUGUGUGCGCGCUGCCACGAAAAAUCCGCAGGUUGGAGGAGAAGGCCAAUCUACGUAACGGCAGAAAGGCCCAACCCAUGACACCCGUCUCAUUCAGCUGGAUCGUAGAUAGGCCCAUCAACAUUACCAUCGGCUAAUCUGGCUGAUCAGUCUUGUCUAAAAAA